AUGGAAGAAAAAUGCUUAUUAGCAGCUUCUCUGGCAGCACUGGCAUGCCAUCCCAGCACAACCAUCAAGUGUUUCAAGUCAAGCAGUACUAUCUCCCCACAGAAAGUAAAACCAAAACCUCCAUCCUUGAAGAAAGUGCCUUCAAAAUCCAAGAAAAAACUGGAUCCCCAUGAAAAACCUUCUCCAUCUGCAACUCUCAAUCUGCAACGUCGGCUCAUCAGUCCAUCAAGAACUGAUCACAAACUUUCAGAAGCAGUAUUCUCUGAAGUUGUUGAAGGAGAUCCCUCGCUUGGCAUUGUGAAAACCAUAUUCCGAUCAGGAUGGCCGAAAGAUAUAGGCCUCAAGAUUCACAAGGUGUUAAAGGUGAAUCACAGCGCAAGUUUUCUAAGCAAGUUUGAAGAGUACAGGAAGAAAGUGAAACUCAAUGCUGCAAACUCUUGCCAUAGUACAAAGACAUUAAUGGAGAGACUGAUUGCUGAUGGGAAUGAACUGCUACGGUUUCAAAGUGCCCUUAUAACUUGUUCUCUGGGAACUAUAUCAGGGUAUUCAAGAUUAUGUGACAAGAAAUGCUGUGGGAUUUGCAGACAAAUGAUCUCUUUCAGAUUUGGGGUUGAAGAUGGACCACCAAUAUCAGUCCAUGGGAGCAGUUGGAAGGCACAUGAGAAAGUGAGCAGAGAAUGCAUUACCAAAAGGGUAUCAUGUGCAAGGAAGGCCAUCGUUUUAUGCCGAGUGAUUGCAGGGCGUACUGAUGUUGCUCGUCACCACAUGCAUGGGAAAGAAGUAAGGUCGAAUUCUGCAGUAACGGGAUCAACUGGAGAUCAGUCAAAGUAUGGGUCGGAAGAGCUUCUGGUUUUGAAUCCAAGGGCUGUGCUUCCAUGCUUUGUGGUCUUAUACAUAUGA